AUGGUAUUUCUCGGGUUGCUUAUUAUUAUGGCCACCCUACAUGCAACAGAAAGAAUCGCAUCUAGUCAAGCCGAAGCAGAUUCAUGGGUGCAAAACAAUGUCAAAAACUAUGGCGAUGUCAAAUUCCGAUACAUCGCAGUUGGAAAUGAAGUAAAACCUAGUGAUAAUUUUGCACAAUUUUUAGUCCCGGCCAUGCAAAACAUACAGAAUUCCAUUGCUUCAACUGGUCUUCAAACCCAAAUUAAAGUAUCCACUGCUAUUGAUACUCGUUCUCUUAGUGAUCAAUCCUAUCCUCCAUCUCAAGGUUCCUUUAGAGAAGAAUAUCUACCCAUUCUAAAUCCACUCAUUGGCUUUCUAAAAACAAACCAAGCUCCAUUACUGGUUAACUUAUACCCUUAUUUCAGCUACAUUCAUGAUCCUCAAAACAUUCAUCUUGAGUAUGCUCUUUUUACAGCUCACACAGAUGUGGUCUCAAAUCCUUCGUAUAACAAUCGUAAUCUUUUCAAUGCAACAUUGGAUACCGUUUACGCGGCACUUGAGAAGGCGGAUGGGGGCGCCUUGGAGAUCGUUGUGUCGGAGAGUGGAUGCCCUUCGGCGGGUGGAAUUGAAACGAGUAUUGAGAAUGCGAGAACUUAUAACCAGAAUUUUGUUCAACAUGUGAAAGGAGGAGGAGGAGGGAGUCCGAGAAGGCCUGGAAAGGAAAUAGAAACUUAUGUCUUUGCCAUGUUUGAUGAGAAUAAGGAAUAA